AUGCAACGUCCAGCAGAGCAAUAUACCAAAGAAAAGCUUUUGAUCAAGAAGAAGAAACUUGACGAUGUUCUUAAACAGAGAAACAUUGUUGUCCAGGCCUACGAGAUAUACGGUGGUAUUGCUGGGUUGUACGACAUGGGACCAUUGGGAUGUGCUUUGAAGCAGAACAUCCUCCAGUUCUGGAGAAAACACUUCACGACGUAUGAGAACCUCUUUGAAGUUGAGGGACCAAUUUUAACUCCGAAAUGUGUUUUGGAAGCUUCUGGCCACACUGCCAAAUUUUCAGAUUACAUGGUGAAAGAUAUGAAGAAUGGGUGUUGCUACAGAGCCGACCACAUUUUGAAGACUUUCUACGAAAAGCAAAUGGAAGACCCAAAGACCAGUGAGCAAGAAAAAGAACAUCUUGAAGCUCAAAUGAAAGUGAUUGACAAUUUGUCAAAGGAAGAGUUAGGAGCGGCAAUUAAGAACAACGGCAUCAAAGCGCCAGACAGUGGAAAUGACUUGUCUGACCCCGUCCCAUUCAACUUGAUGUUUGCAACUGACAUUGGACCCGUCGGUGAUUUAAAGGCGUUUUUGAGACCAGAGACUGCACAAGGGAUCUUCACGAUGUUCAAGAGAAAUUUGGAGUAUAAUGGCGGGAAAGUCCCAUUUGGUGUCACACAAAUAGGAAAUGUCUUCAGAAACGAAAUUGCGCCAAGAAACGGCCUUUUGAGAGUCAGAGAAUUCACUUUGGCUGAAAUCGAAUACUUCGUCUUGCCCGACAAGAAGACGCACAAGAACUUUGCCGAUGUCGAGAACUUGAAUGUCCAAUUAUACCCAAGAGAGUUACAACUUGCUGAUAAAGAGGCUGAACUGAUGACAUUGAAACAAGCCGUUGCUGAUAACGUUAUCAACUCGCAAUUGUUGGCUUAUUUCAUGGGAAGGACUUACAAAUUCUUGACUGAGCUUGGGAUUCCGGGCGAGCACAUUCGAUUCAGACAACACUUGAAGACAGAAAUGGCGCACUAUGCCAAAGAUUGUUGGGAUGCUGAGAUUCGAAUGUCAUAUGGAUGGGUUGAGUGUGUUGGGCAUGCUGAUAGAGGGGACUACGAUCUUUCCAACCACGCGAGAUGUUCCAAAGUCGAUCAGAGCGUUUACAUCACCUUCGAUGAGCCAAAAGAAGUCUGCGAAGUCACCAUCACAUUCAACAAAGGUGCUCUUGGAAAGAAGUACAGAAAAGAUUCUCAGAAAUUGUUUGCGUAUGUCGAGAAGUUGAAUGAAACCGAGAAAGAGGCUAUUAUGAAGGAGUUUGAAGCAAAUGGAGUGUGGAAGAUUACUGUCGAAAACAUCAAUUUCGAGUUGAAGAAGGAAGACAUGAAAAUCACAUCAGGGAUGAAGAAGGUCCAUGGCGAAUCUAUCAUCCCACACGUCAUCGAACCUUCAUUUGGUAUUGGAAGAGUUUUGACGGGUGUUUUGGAGCACUGUUUCUGGUUAAGAGAAGGCGACGAGAACAGAAGUGUCUUGUCCGUCCCAGCUGCUAUCGCUCCAGUCAAACUUGGCAUUUUCCCAUUGCUCACUAAGCCAGAAUUCACUUCUAAAGUCAGUGAAAUAGAAGGCGUUUGCCAGAGAGGCUUUGUUUCUUUCAAAUCGAACACUACAGCAGUUGCUAUUGGAAAGAAAUACUCACAAGCGGAUGAGGCUGGUAUUCCAUUUGCUAUCACUGUCGAUCACAAGACUCUUUCCGAAAAUACAGUCACCUUACGUGACAGAGACACUAUGAAACAAGUCAGAGUCCCAGAGGAUAAAAUUGUCGAGUUGGUCACUGCGUUGUCGCAAUUCCACUCCAUUCUCAAAUUCGAAGACUUACUCAAGACUUACCCAGUCGAGGAAGUAAAAGAAGUCAAGGAGAAUUAA